AUGUUAACUAGUAUGGCACGUCGACCAUCCCCACAUGUUCAUCAUAUGAAUGGACUUCACCAUCAACCCUAUCAUUCAAAACCCUUCAACGACGACGAUGAUGAUAAUGAAGAAGAACGUGAUGCUCGACGAGUUCGUUCACGAAUUUUAGCUAAUAAACUAUCUGAAUCUUUACUAAAUCGUUCUUCGUCUACGUCGUCAACAAUCAACAAAGAAGAUUCAAUUGAACAACGCGUAAAAACUGCGAUUGAUAUAUGUGAUAUAGAUACACUACGAAAAAUAUAUAGUCAAUCAUCAAGUCUUAUAUCGAUCGAACGACGUUUUAAAUCUGGUGGAUGGACAGUUUUAAUACAUGCUGCUUAUUCGUGUCAUUUUUCACUAGUAUCUUUAUUUGUCUUGGAAUUUGGUGCUGAUGUUAAUAGUAAAAGUUCCGAACAAAUGACACCGCUAAUGGCAUGUUGUAUGUCAUCACAUUCGAAAAGUGCAACAACAAGUGGCAAUGAUGAUCAAUUAUCUAUAUGUCGAUUUUUACUUGAACACGGUGCUCAUAUUGAACCAUCGUUUGAUACGUCCGAUGAAAAAAUGAUGACACCGUUAAUGUUAGCUGCUCGUUUUGGUAGUUCAUCUGCUUUGAUACAUCUAUUAGUUAAAUAUGGUGCAAAAAUUGAUCGACGUGAUGCAAAAGGUUGGUGUCCAUUAAUAAUGGCUACGCAACAUGGUCAUUUAGGUUCCGUUGAAGCUUUGAUCAAGUACGGUGCUGAUCUAAAAUCGACGACAAAUAAUGGUCUAACUGCUCUUGAUAUAGCUCGUCAUUUGAAACAUGAAGGUAUUGUUCAAUUUCUUCUCGGUGAAGAAAUGAAAUCAACGCAACCAUCGUCUCUUUCUCUACCAUUGUGUGAUAAUCAAUGUGAGUUAACAAAUGAAAAUGUGAAUAAUGAGAUAUUAAAAGUGUCUGAUGAAUCAAUCAAUGAUGAUAAUAUUUUAAAAUUAUCACUAGAUAAUAAACAGAAUGAACAGUCAAGAAAAUCAUUGAUCUAUAUGGGAGCUGCAGCAGCAGUUGGUGGUGCUCUUCUAUUUGGUCUUAUAUACAUGAGAAGUUGA